CGUUGGAAUGCAAGAGAUCAUGCCCGACAGAGAGAAGAGUAGUCUCACCAUGCGGUACCGUAUCAGCGUACUCGCGUGCUACUGCUUUCUCUCUCGCGAAUCGUCUGCUUUCGUUCCAGCAGUGAGAGUGGGCUCGUCUUUGCAACAUCAUGCUGCUGGGUCGCAUGCAAGCAGCAGCAGGCGGACAGUUUCCUCUAAGAUGCAAGCAGAGCUCGCAGCAGAAGUAGACACAAUUAACGAGGCAGCGGAAGGUGAUGGGAAGAAGAAGGUCGUCGUGAUUGGUGCGGGAUGGGCCGGGCUUGCUGCGGCUUAUGAAUUGUCCAAGCAGAAUGACGAUUUUGACGUUACGCUCCUGGAGGGGGGCAAGUCUGUCGGAGGGCUGGUGGCGGGCUGGUUGACGCCGGGCGGAAGGCCCGUGGAAGCGGGUGUCCACGGCUUCUGGUAUCCGUAUCGCAACAUCUUCAGGCUUAUCGAGGAUGACCUCAAGAUCGACCCCUUUACGCCGUGGACGCAGUCUGCCCAGUACAGCCCCAACGGUUUGGAGGUGAUAUCUCCUAUCUUCCAGAACAUGCCACGGCUGCCGUCCCCACUGGGGACGUUCCUGUACCCCAGUUUCCUCCGGCUGCCUUGGUUCGACCGCCUCACAGCCUUGGGCUUGCUCGCCAGCGUCGUGGACUGGGACAAUACCCCAGAGGCGUGGCGAAAGUACGAUAAGUACACGGCUCGAGAACUCUUCCGAAUGAUGGGCUGCUCCGAUAGGCUGUACAGGGAUGCCUUCGAGCCCAUGCUCCUGGUCGGCCUGUUCGCACCCGGGGAGCAGUGCAGCGCCGCAGGCGCUCUCGGGAUGCUGUACUUCUUCAUCCUGGCGCACCAGGCAGACUUCGACGUGAAGUGGUGCAGGGGCACAACGGGAGAGAUGAUCUUCAAGCCGUGGGUGCAGAGGAUAGAGGAGAACGGCGCCAAGGUGCUCGUGGAAAAACGCGUGAGCGACGUCGAGGUCUGCCCGGACACCGGGAGGGUGGUAUCGGUGACGUGCGGGGGCGAGUCGUUCCCUUGUGACGCGGUCGUGUCCGCCGUGGGCAUCAACGGUGUGAAGGGCAUCGUUCGGGCGGCGCGGGGGCUGUCUAGGCUACCGUUCUUUUCCAAGAUGAUGAAUCUCAGAUCUGUGGACGCGCUUGCGGUUCGGCUGUACCUGGACAGGAGGGUCAGGAUACCCUAUCAGAGCAACGCCUGCUUUGGGUUCGACAAGACUACGGGCUGGACUUUCUUCGACCUGACCGCGAUGCACGACUCCCUUGACAAGAGCGAGGGGACGGUCCUGGAGGCCGACUUCUACCACGCGGACCAGCUGCUACCGCGUUCUGACCAAGACCUCGUCGCCAAGGUGCAAGGCGACAUCGCAACGUGUGUGCCAGCGGUGGGACGAGCCAAGGUGGUGGACUAUAGCGUGGUGCGUAUUGCUCAGGGGGUUACGCACUUCUCCCCGGGGUCGUACGACAGCAUGCCCACCUGCGAGACCCCCAUCCCGAACAUGUUCAUGAGUGGCGACUGGAUUGUCAACGAUCACGGCAGCUUUUCGCAAGAAAAAGCGUUCGUUACAGGGGUGGAAGCGGCCAAUGCCGUCGUGAAGCGCCUAGGCGUCGGUCGCGACAGCAGCAUCAUCCCGUUAGAAGACGACGAGCCGCACAUUCAAGCCCUGAGGGCGGUGAAUGGUCGAGCAAAACGAGCCGUCAAGUCGUUGCCCGGGGCAGGCUGGCUGCUUCCGUGAGUGAAUAGUGUGCCGUUCGGUAGAGAGGCUGACAAUGCAGGCCAGCUUGUUCGGCUUGGCGUGUGAUUCCUUGUUUGGUGUACUUGUUACCACCUGUUAGGUUAGUGUGGAGGCGUUGCAGCGGGUGUACGAAGUUGAGAAAAAAACAUUUUUCCCAACGAAAGCUUCUUGAAACGAGCUCGUACGGCAAGGGCUGACGGCAAGGAUUAACCCGCCGUUUCCUCCCUGAUCUCUGAUUGCUCUCUUUCCAAGAAAAAUUCUUGGCUUCAACAUUGUUGAGGAGACUGAUUUACACGCAUACGAGAAGGGCUGCGAAUUUUCUUCCCUCCCGCAUGUAUGAUGUGGUGAACGGCAUGGGAGAGUGGGAGUAGCAUUGGUGGACGUCAAUAGCGGGGUGCGAGUUGUUCGACAGGCAGAUCUUGUUAGAGACCCAGUUGUUGGUGUCAAGAACCAUGUAUAAGGAGACGAAGCUUCCCGGAAUGAUGUUUACAGUAGGCACAAACUUGGUAUUGGAGACGUGAGGGUUUGAUUUUUUUUUUAUUGAUGGUUACUGUCAGAUCCGACCCCACGUUGAGGUUGUAUGAUUUCUGUCGGUUUCUUGACAGAGAACAUACGUUGCAAGCAUGCCCAACGCAAGAAGUUCUUGUGUAGUAACAUAGGUCGUGGCACAUUAGAAGGUCACGUGUUUCCACGCGGUCUUCCCGGAAGAGAGAUGCCAAGCCAUGAUGAGCAAUUAGUUGUGUAACAAGACGUGGCCACCAGCGUGAAAGACAUACUCCAACGGCUUAAUGAGUGCGAAAAGCUACGGGCUAUGGUCCAUGACUUAAAAUAUGUACACUUGGACGAUAACUCUACGAGAUCUACGAAAUCGAGGUUUCUGGACGUUCUCAUUCUACGUAGGCGUGCAUCGCGCAUGCGGGGACAGAUC